CUAUGCACUUGUUAAAGAUAUAUAAGAAUUACAUAUUCAUUUUUCAAUAAGAAAUGUCUUUUUAGUUUUUGUGCACACAGAUGAGAGGAAAUGACUAUAACAUUUUCUGAACUUCAAGGACCCCCAUGCAGGAAACACAUAGAGAAGGAGAGGGAGACCGUGGUGAGGAGAAUGAUAGAGAGCCACCCACUGACAGGGACAGCGUUCCAGUGAGGCCUGAAACAUCUGUAGAGAGUGAAGUAGAACCAGUAGUGAUUGAAAACUGGAAGAUUAUUAAAGAACCAACUCUGGCUGCCCAAGUUUUCAAAGAUAAUCUACUAAGUGAACAUGCAACCGGGAAGCCUCUUAAACUGAAAAUGGAUGUAAGGGAGCGUGAGGAGGACAGGGAACGGGCACUUCUCUCAUUCUAUAAACAGCAACAGGAAUGGGCAUGUCCACUUCAUUGUACCCUUGAUGGAGGAGUGGGCCAAACUCUGCUAUUUGAAGGUGAGCCUGACCAUCUCGUUCCAGCUGCAUCAGAGGUGCUUAUUGAGAGCAACCUCUUCCGGGUUGCAGGAAGGAUGAUAGCCCACUCCUUUUUGCAUGAUGGCCCCCAUGUCACCGGAUUAAGUCCUGCUGUUAUUCAUGUACUGUUCAAUGGGGACCCUGAAAUGGCAACAAUUGUUGUCGAGGACUGUCCUGAUCUGCACAUCAGGAGUAUUAUAACAAUGCUUGAACUUGAAGAACUUACUCAGGAACAAAGGACACAGUGUCAGAUCUUUCCCUGUCUUGGGAUCUCCCAGCAGUCACUAAAACGAAUCAGAGGUGGCUACAUAACAAACUUCUAG